AAACAGCAUUGCCAACACUGUAAAAAGUUAAUAGCAGAGGAGAAACGGUCAGAAAAGAGAAAAGCUCUUCUCCCCCGAGCCUGAGACACCACAGAGGUGACUUCAUGACUGUUGUGAGGUUUCACAGAUAAAUCCUAGCCUUGCUCACAGAGACAGUGGAUCCCAGCAGGAGCUGAGAUGGCCACUGCACCAAAAGAGGCAGAAAAUGCUAUUGGCUUGGAGGAAAUCCACACAGAGAGAAAAGAACCACCAAAAGGGCAAAAGACAUUUACAGUUGAAGAAGCUGUGGAAACCAUUGGGUUUGGGAGGUUCCAUAUCAUGCUCUUCCUCAUCAUGGGCAGCACUGGGCUCAUCCACCACGUGGUCAUAGUCAUGGCCACCACCACGGGUUUUGGAAAACACAUUUCCCAGCGAACCAAACAAAUUCCUAGGGCUCCCUUACAGGACAAGAAGACUGCCACGACUGUAGACAUCAGAAAUUAA